AUUACAAUUACAGGUAAAAGUGAAUCAAUAUAGUGAUUUUAAUUAAUCAAGAUGGCAAAGGUUCAAAUCAUUGAUGUCGAAGUUUUAGAUAAUCCCUCAAAUUUCUUCAACCCCUUUCAAUUUCAAAUAACAUUUGAUUGCAUGGAAAACUUAAGAGAUGACUUGGAAUGGAAGAUAAUUUACGUUGGUUCUGCUGAGAGCGAAGCUUGUGAUCAGAUCUUGGAUUCUGUGUUGGUUGGUCCAAUACCUGCUGGUCGACAUAAGUUUGUUUUUCAGGCUGAUCCACCAAAACCUGAAUUGAUACCGGUUCAAGAUGCAGUCGGUGUCACGGUGGUGAUAAUCACGUGCACAUACCACGGUCAUGAGUUUGUGAGAGUUGGUUAUUAUGUGAAUAAUGAAUAUGCCGAGCCUGAGUUGAGGGAAACACCACCUGAUAAACCGGACUUUAAUAAGCUGACACGAAACAUACUGAGUAGUGCACCAAGAGUUACUAGGUUUAAAAUCAACUGGGACGACAGUGCGGGUACUUCUACAGCAGAUGGAGGACAAACAUAUGAAACUUUGGAAGAAAAUAUCCCGCCUUCCCCUGAGGACGUACAACAUACAAUGGCCGAGAAUUCAAAAGAUUCAAUUUGUGCAAAUCGAGAUUCAAACGGGCCACUAUCAUCAUCAGUACUGAACUCCGAAAACAUUAGAAAACUUGUGAGCCAAGCACUAGUAAGCCGGUACCUGCCUGUUUUGAAAACUCUAUUGAUGCAAUGGAAGCUCAAAUGUUGUUAGAUUGAUUUUCAAUUAUUUGUUAUUACCUUCUGUUUGUGCAUUGUUUUGUAUCUUGAACAACAAACUGCCGAUACAUUUAAUCUUGAAAGCAAUAACGUUGAUUAAUUACACAUACAAUAACUUUCGUCUUUAUUAAACAGUUAAAAUUUUAUAUAUAGAUUCUGCAACUGUUUUUUUUUUUAAAGCAAUUCUGUAUUUCAAAAAACUUUUAGUAAAAUGGUGAGCCAAGCACUAGUAAGCCGGUACCUGCCUGUUUUGAAAACUCUAUUGAUGCAAUGGAAGCUCAAAUGUUGUUAGAUUGAUUUUCAAUUAUUUGUUAUUACCUUCUGUUUGUGCAUUGUUUUGUAUCUUGAACAACAAACUGCCGAUACAUUUAAUCUUGAAAGCAAUAACGUUGAUUAAUUACACAUACAAUAAC